GGACGAGCGGGCCUGAGGCGAGCGGCGAUGGCGGGCCGGGUCGCCCUCAGCGGCGGCAGGACCACCGCCUCCGCCGCCAUCCUCCUCCUCCCCCCCCCCUUCUCCUCAGGGACCCGUCAGGAGGCUCAGGCAUUUGGCCUCCUGUGGUAUUUUGAUGUACAAGACGCCCUCCCCUCAAGCCUUGGUGCCCAAAGAGUUCCCUGCAAGGACUUUCUUCAACCUGACGGCCCCGUUAGUCAACAAGAGGAAGGAAUAUUCCGAGCGGAGAAUCAUCGGGUAUUCCAUGCAGGAGAUGUACAACGUGGUGGCCGGCGUGGAGGACUACAAACACUUCGUUCCCUGGUGCAAAAGAUCGGACGUGGCAUCGAAGCGGUCCGGCUACUGUAAGGCCCGCCUAGAAAUCGGCUUCCCUCCGGUGCUGGAGAGGUACACGUCCGUCGUCACCCUCGUCAACCCGCAUAUGGUCAAGGCGUCCUGCACGGACGGGAAGCUCUUCAACCACCUGGAGACCAUCUGGCGUUUCAGCCCCGGCCUGCCCGGCUACCCCAGGACCUGCACCCUCGAUUUCUCCAUAUCAUUCGAGUUCCGCUCCCUCCUGCACUCUCAGCUGGCCGCGCUGUUCUUCGACGAGGUGGUGAAGCAGAUGGUGGCCGCCUUCGAGAGGAGGGCCUCCAAGAUCUACGGGCCGGAGACCGCCAUUCCUCGGCAACUCAUGCUGCACGAAGUCCACCAGACCUAGGGCGGACGGGUUUCCGGGAACGCGUCCCGCAUCCCGUCCUCCCGUCUCCCGGGAUUCCCCCCCGACCCGCCCGCCGGGCCCGAGGACCCCCCCCCCGGCGACUCCCGCGUCUAAUACGUCGGCCCCCCGUUCCCGGUUUAAGUUAUUACAGUCCCCGUCGUCCGUCGUCACUCAUCGCCGCGAGGGCCGGGACACGUCGACCAGCCGGCGGCGGGCGGACGGGGGCGGAUCUCAUCCGGCGGCUCCAUUAAAUGCCGUUCGCCAAGGGCGCCCGGGCACAUGUCUCUCCCUCUCCCCUUAUAUAUUUCUCUACACGGAUAUUUUCGACGCUCUCAUCUUCAUCCAGUCGUAUUUAUUGAGCGCGGACUGUGUGCGGAGCACUGGACCGAGCGCUUGGGAAAGGACGAUG